CCACCACCACCUUUGCAUAUGCCUGGGCAUUCAUCCCCUAUUCCCUCUUCUCCGCCCGCCCCAUCACAAUUGCACACUCCCCCCCGCUUCCACUGUGACUUGGGUACCAUCCCAUCUCGCUUCUCUUUCUUCCCCAUCCCCUCCCUCCGGGGGGAACCCCAUCGCUUUCCAGGAGUUACCCCUAACCCGUGCCACCCCCGUUCCCUUGGUUUGCAAGGGAGAAAGGGGGAAGGCAGGGGACGGCGGGGGGGACGACGGACGUCAGUGUGAGUGGGCUGGUCCGGGGCAGGACAGAGCCGGAGGACCUCCCCGCUCACCCCGCUGGUUCCCUCCCGCGGGAAGUCCCAGGCAGGGAAGGUCCCUCUGCGAGGAGCCGCGGAUUCCUCCUGCUGGGCUGGCCGCGCCGAGGUCCGGGGGAGGGGCUGCCGUGGCCGAGUGGCCGAAGGCUGAGGCUGGGAGAUUCCGACCACGCGCGCUCCAGGGCCGCUUCCUUCCUGGCACGGGGGGUUGCCAGCCCCGGGGAAACCUGCAAAGCAGCUCCAGAAGAGCAGGCGUGAAGGGCGGGUAUAUCCUGAGUUCUUCAAGAGGAGCCCAAAUUUGCCCAGAAAGCAAUUUCCUUAUUUACAAAUAGGUAUGUGAUGUCAAAUCAGAAGGCUGUCCUCAGUAGCCUCCCACAAAGUAUUGUAACGUCAUGUGCCAGUAUGAAUAUUAACAUAGUCAUGCAAACUUCAGCGCUCAGCAACCAAAGAAGAGAAAAAGGAAGAGUAUGUUUGGAGAACAAAUAACUAGGAAACGUUGCCUGGCUUUCUUCUGUUGAGAGCACACCGACCUGUUUUCUGCAGAUGAAGAGUUGAGCUGAUUCAAGCUUUUUCAAAGAACCUUUACAUCUUUUUUUUUUUACGCUUCCUUUUUACUCUGGAUUUCAGGCUGUGAGCUGCACUGGGCACAAGCACUGGACAGCAAUAUGUGUCAUGUCAUUGUCACUUGCCGCUCAAUGCUGUGGACACUCCUGAGUAUUGUUGUGGCUUUUGCAGAGCUCAUAGCCUUCAUGAGUGCGGAUUGGUUGAUUGGCAAGGCAAAAUUUGGCAGCUCUCACAACAUAGACAAUGGGACAGGAGGAUCACUGGAGCCAUAUCGUCCAACUUUGGGGAUCUAUGAACGUUGUACCAGAAUCCAGCAUGUGUCAUAUUCCAGGCGAGACACACAGUGUGGCCCCUAUGCGGAGAACUUCAGCGAGAUUGCCAGUGGCUUCUGGCAGGCUACUGCUAUUUUCCUAGCCCUGGGGAUCUUGAUACUCUGUGCUGUUGCAUUAGUAUCUGUCUUCACUAUGUGUGUACAGAGUAUUAUGAAGAAAAGUAUUUUUAAUGUCUGUGGGCUGCUACAAGGAAUUGCAGGUCUCUUCCUUAUCCUAGGCUUGAUCUUGUACCCCGCUGGCUGGGGUUGCCAGAAGGCAAUAAGCUAUUGUGGACCGUAUGCUUCUGCUUAUAAACUCGGUGAUUGUUCCUUGGGCUGGGCCUUCUACACUGCUAUAGGUGGCACGGUGCUGACCUUCAUCUGUGCUGUUUUCUCUGCCCAAGCUGAAAUUGCCACCUCCAGCGACAAAGUACAAGAGGAAAUUGAAGAGGGGAAAAGCCUUAUUUGUCUUCUUUAAUGAUCCAAGAAAACUUUCAAUGUCUCAGGCAUGUUGGUUUCAAGUGGCUUAGCAAACAGACUCCUCUGAGUAAUGGAGACACAAGCUUCCUGAGGACCAGGCACUAUGCUGUCACUUGGAUGGUCACUGAGGACUAUGGCAGAAUAAGAAGAAAAUGAUUCUACAGGAAUUCUGGCACCUGGCUGCAUUGGCAGCAUGCUGCAAAACUCAUGUUGGCUUCACAUUUAUAUGAACCAAGUGCCUAACAGUUGCAGAAAUUAUCCAUUCUUUUUGACAUUCAGCACCAUGAAGGAAUCCUGAGAAGUAUUUUGUUGGAAAUGCCAGCAUUUUUAAGUAUGCACAGAAUAAGAUGCCCUAGACUAGGCUUUCAUUUCAAGGACUUCGGUCUUUAGUUACCAUUGGUCAGUGGUAACAUUCUCCAGAGCAACACAGCAAAUCAUGUAGUAUAGAACAUUAUGAAAAAGGUUGUGCUGAAGAAACAUUAUCUAAAUCCAAGCUAUUGGGGGGGCGGGGGCGGGGGAGAUACUAUCUAGAUUUUCAUUUCAGCAGAUUUUCAUUUCAGCAGGGACAGUAAGCAAUAUAUUACCCAGAAAAUAUACUUGAGUCACACAGCUGCUACAAUGAAGUACAGGGUAAUGUAGCAGCCAGAAUCAAAGCUAAAUUUUGUUGGUCCCAUAGCACAGCCACUCUGUGUAGUUGAUCUGCCUGUAAAACAGUAGUAGGCAAAACAAGUAUUCUUACUAAUAUGAAGUAUGAGCCCUUGGAAGUUGUGCUUAGGCUUCAUCCAGUUGCAGGCUGAAUUACGAGAGCUGUCAUGGAUGGACAUAGCUUGAGAUUUUCAACAACUGCCUCUUGCUGUCAUUUCAACUGCAGAAUGCUAUCAUGCUCAUUCUAACACAGAUAUUAAAGAGGACACAUUAUCCCAUAAGAAACCACAUUAAGCUGUAUUACUUUUGAACAGCUCUCUUUACUAUCUGAUUAUCAAUCAGUUGUAAGUUCUGCCGAUUUGCUUCUAAAGUGAACAGACAUUUAGUUAAUUGCUCCAUCCCAUUUCUUAGGAUUUUAUGAAAACAGGUUCAGAUAAAAGAGCUGUGUGCAUCAGAGGUGCCUAUAGAAACAAGAAGGGCUACCUAAUGGCUAACUUCCAAAUCUAGGUAUUAGAUUUGCCUUACUAGCAUUGAUAUUGUGCCUUUGAUAAGCAGCACCAACACAUAAAACAGGUGAAAGCCAGGAUGACAGAGAAAAUCCUACAUCAACCACUAAUGAUAACCACUUAUUUGUGACAUACCUAAUUUUUUAUUGAGAUAUCCAGUGAAAACGAAUGUCUACCCCUCUGACUCAGGAUGGCUACAGAAUCUUUAAACCACUGUUAUAAAAGUAUUCCCAGGAGACCCUUGUGAAGUAAUGAGUCAUAAACUACAUACAUAUAUGAUUAGCAUCUGUGUCAAUCUGUUGAGCAACAAGAGUGCUGGUGAAGUCUUCUGGUCAACAGAAAAUAAGUUGCCUCUGCAAAGCUGCUGUUACUGCCAUUUAGUAAAACCUUGUAUGUGCCAUCAACAUGGGGAUCUCAAAGCCAUGCAAAGCAUAGGAAAUGCAGGAUGUAUUAAGCCUAGAGAAGACUACAAGAUUGGCACUAUGAGACUGGGGUCUGGCAAGCAAAACAACGAAUUUUUCCUAGUUCGCAGACCCAGCAAACUAAUUUUAUUCUGUUAUUUUUGGAAGUGUAGAAUACAACUUGUGACCCAAGCCAAACACAGUGGGUUAUCCUGACCACCAUGUCACUCCAGACUUUUU